CAGAUGAAAGGGGAAUAUCAGCUUCUGAAAGAUAAACAGGUUCAGGAAGCAGAGGACAUGGUGGAUGACAGAAUUGCUGCAUCAAAAUACUUCGAUCUUAACGACACCAGACAAACAGCAAUAUUAAUACUUUUAGCGCAUUUGAAAAUUGUGCUUGGUACAAGAUUAUGUAAAAACAUUUGUCAGCCUCUUUAUUUACUAGCACACAAUCCAGCAACGUUAAAGAAAACAUUCCUUCCUACAAUGCCUGACGUUAACCUCGAAGGAAAUAUGUUGACAUACACACCUAAAAUGAUCCAAGGGAAAUCUUACGUUUGUCCCAAUAAUCAUAUCUAUUUCAUCGGUGAUGUAAGUAAUAGAUUAUAA